GGUUGCAGUGGAGAAAGAAGGAAAUUUUUCAUUCUCCUUAAAAAAUUAACAAUGUAGAUUAUGACCAUGGAAAAGUAUACUGGCUUUUGCAAUUUAAAACUUCGACUGAAUUUCAUUUAAUGACGUCCCCAACUGCCGUUAAUCGGACAACCUUUUCAAACGAAAUUUCGGGUCGUUAUCUACAUGCCGUAUCUCGUUCAACAUAAAAUCGCCCAAUACUCAUAAACAAUAAAACAUAAAAAAGAUUUUUCGAGAAUAUGUAAGGUAUUGCUGUUAUUGCCAAGGAAUUGUAGAGGGUACAUUUCUGGUUGUUUACUAAUUCUCGACGCAAACGAACAAUUAUUCAGAGCAAAUUCUGCAUUUAAUCUAGGCGUGGUCAAAUUAAUGUAGCAAGGUUGACUAACGGUAUAAAAUAAGAGUAUUGUUGUAAAACAUACAAAGUUUAUACGUACGCUACUUUCCAUGUAUACGCGUUUUCAUUUUGUUCAGAGUUAACAACUACUGAACAUACGAAAUUGAAUAACAUGCAGAUCCUAACGGUUUAUCUUUUCCUUCUUGGACUUCUUUCGGCGGCUGCGCAUGAAGGUCUGCCUCUUUUGGCGCCAGGCGGAAUCGGAGGGAUAUUUAAAGGACCAGACUCGGAAACGAUUAUUCAAGGACCUGACGGAAGUGUGAUAACAUCCGAGCAAGAAGGCGGAGCCGUAGUCAGAGGUAACGGAUUGGAGCAACCUAUAGUUGUUGCCGAAUCUGUACAAGAGAUCGAAUCAGAUCACGCCAUCGAACAAGUCUUGAUUCAAGAACAGCCAAAAGUUCAAAGCGAAAUUGCUCAAGGUAUUCUUCUGAAAACAGUUCCGGCCCCCCAAAACCAAUUUCCUGGCCCACAACCCGUCUUAACGGAAAUAAAACAAUCUCCAUUUAUCGAAAGCACUGCCACGAUUCAGCAGAACCAGCCUAUUCUGCUGAAGGAAGCUGCGGAAGCUGCAGAAUCGGCCAAGCUACUUGUAGAACCAAUCAGACAACCGCUGUCAGUAUCCAGAGUACCAGUGCUGACGCAUAAAUUCUCGGUCUCCAAUCUGGAACCCGUGGUGUCAUCAACAGCGGCACCUUUGGGUCAAUCCACAGCGUUACCAUCGUCUACUCCUAGAACAUUACUCGAAAUAUCAAACGCCAAUUUGAUCGAAUCUGAUAAAAUCAAUUUGGGGGAUGUAAGAAGCUUAAAUCGAGGACUUCCUCAGCUACAACAUCGGUCAUCUAAUGGGUUCGUUGGUAACCCAGAACUUAUUUUAAAUGAAAAUUUAGUAUCCUUUUCGGAUGCCCAACUUGUGUCAUCUAACGCGGCAGACUUAACUAAAGCUAAAGAGCAGAUACAGCGAGUUCCACUGGAGAAAUUUAUAUUAGCGGACGAAACAUUGGACAUUGAAAACAUCGCCGGUGGACAAAUUUUAAAUCAAGCCAAAUUAGUGAAUUCGCAACCAAUCCCAUUGGGCCAGUAUAUACUGCAAGACCAAAAAUCGGUUAUUCCACAAGCUGAUAAUGAAGGAACCUUAAACCAAGCCAAAGCAGGGCAGGGUCCACAAAUCCCACUAAAUCAAUACAUCCUAAUCCAGGAUAGACUGGCCAAUCCGAAAGUUACUAGGGAGCAAAUUUUAAGGCCGGGGAAUGAACUAGGACAAGAUGAUCGUAUCGACCGAGUGCGAAGGUCUACACAAAGAUCGCGAAAACGUAAACAAAGCUAUCAUACUCUAAACAACGAAGAAUCAAAUUCGGGACAAGUUCCGUCGAAUGAUAAUGGGGGGUAUUCGGCGGAUCCUCUAUCAAAUGACAUUCAACAACCUACCAACCAUAUUUAUUAUCCGCAAUUGGGCGAUCAAUACCCAGCCGCGAAUCCGAAUCAAAAUAUACGCCAAGAGUAUCAUCAACAAAAUGCGCAUCCUUACGUAGAUGAUCAACAAAAUUCGGAUUUAUACUACGAGCAAGUACGUACUAGCAAUGCACAAGUGGGCGAGCAAAGACAGCUUCAAGGAGAAACAUACCCGCAAUCGGACAAUUUGCAGUAUGGAUCCCGCAUUCAGAGUUCUAAAAAACCAAAUAUAGUUCUUAACCCUAAGGCUAACAGUAACUACCAAUAUCGUAAAAAUGCGCGAGUAGACGACGCGAGUCAAUUUCCAGAACAAUUUUAUCGACAACAUGGGAUAGUUCAAAGUUACAAUCAACACAGCGAUGUUGCGAAGCAAGAUGCACAAAAUGAGAAUUAUAUUUCUAACUACGAUCCGCGAUACUCGGGGAAUGCCCAACUCGAACACCAAGGAAUACCCCAAACUCAAUUAUAUUUAACAUCAGCCGAUCCUCAAGGUAAAGUUAUUACUAAAGAGCAAGCAGUGAUCAACGUACAAGUCGAAAGCGACUCGGCAGCAGUAGAACACCCAGAUCAAAGAACGGGUCGGGAAAAUUUAGUUAACUAUCGAAUAAAAACGCUUUCGCUACAACCAGCAUCGCAACUGCCCGAAAUUUCAGAACAUAUCCCACAAGACAGGGACAGAUUGCAUCUGUCGAUACCCGAGGAAGCUCUGCACGAUUAUUAUCAACAGAAAGAGAAAUAUUCAGAUCAACAACCAGAGACAGAUUAUUACCCUGAUACUAACCAAAACUAUGGGCAACCCAUUGAUAUACGAGGUACGCUAUUCCAGAAGUUACGAUCGCAUGUAACAAAUCCUGCAUACUUAGAAGCUUUGCCACGAACGACGGCAAACAAUACUCCGGUGGUACUAGGACUUGACAAUACAACUUUUGAUGUUACAGGAAACGUGGAUUACCAGGACUCUCCAUACUCAGGCAGAAACCCUACUCUGAACCACUUCCAACCUCAAACUGAUGACUAUUCCGCAUCUGGCUACCGUCAACCAGUUUUAUUGGGGCCGGGAGAUCAUUUAUUGCCGGUAAAUCUUAGCAUUGCUGUCAAUCCCUCUGCAGUUCCUAUCCGAAAUCUUUGGUACAUCCCGGGGAUCAAUAUAAGUAUAACGACAACUUUUGCACCAUCAGUUUCCCCUCCGACAACUAUCGCUACAGACUUAGUUUCCCCAACUUCGUCACCUUUCAACAUAUCUUCCGACUACUACAUAGCCAACAAUGCAAGAUCAGGAAAUUUGGCAGGAAACUCGAUUGUGUCUAAAAAGCUAUUCGCAUUUUCAACUGGGCAAGUCUUGCUGCGAAACCUUACGGAUAUUGGGGGAGCAAUCAUUGGCAACCUAACAUAUCCACCGCCGACUCGCUCUCCUAUUUUGAAAACUACCAGAUCGCCAUUCCGGACGACUACUCAGCGAAGUGGUUUGCUAUUUUCUGUUAUCCGAUCAAUAGCACAAAUGAUUGGUUAAACUUUAGUUAAAAUUAGGUGUAAAUUUAUUGGUGGAAGCCAAAUGGUGGGUUGUAAAUAAUGAGUUCUCGGAUACGAGAACCAAUGAGAUUUAAUUUAUUGUUUUUGUUCAUUAAAACACACACCUUAUUGUUAUUUUUCCACAGUAGUUGUCGGGUUAUCAAGAUGAUAACGCAUUUGUUGGUUGAGGUGGCAUAAUUCCGGUAUCCUUUCGUUCAAAUUGUAUUCUUCCUUUUUUUUUUCAAAAUCUGUCAAAUUCUAUCCGAAAUAAAGCUGA